AUGGCGCCCUCCCAUUACGUGCAAUCGGAUCCGGGAUCCCAUUUACCCACUGAUACCAGCAACCAUGUGUCAUGGGGAAACGAGCCUGCGUCAUUGGAAAGCUCCAUCUUGACUUCCAUGAUUCACGAUCUCGAUAGCGCGAAGCCCAGGGCCGAUUCGCCCGAUGGUCCGUCAAUUCCAGCUAUGGACCUAAUGGAAAGUUAUACCCAUAUCAGCAACAUGACAUCGGGGGAUGAUGCCCCUGGUGAAUCGUCGUUAGCAGGUGCAUAUCAUGCCGUGCCCGCUCCUCAGUCCAAUCUGUUUGGCACCCCAGGUCAAAGCACAUUUAGCCCGCUGACGUUCAUGAAUGCGCCUUCGAACGUACAUAUGUCCGAUCCGCCCAUGCUGGGCAAGGAUGGCAUAACGCCAGUGGCAGCCGCAGCAUCUUCAUCGUUUGGCACACAUACCACACUACCAACGCCAAAUAAUCACAAUCAUAUCCACACCAGCCAUCAUGGCCAGCACCAUCAGCAACCGCGGCCUCAACAACAACAACAACCUCUGUCUUCUGAUUCCCAGUCCAUGAACCCAACGUCAUCUUCUCUUCCACAGCCGCGGCCUGGCAUGCCAUACCGACCUGAGAGUGAACUGCAAGUGGAACAGCUGUGGAAGCAGCGAGUGUCGAAGGUAUAUCGAGACAAUACGCGGCCCUUUCCUUAUACCGAGGGAUACCACAUCUUGUUGAAAUAUGCGACGCAAAAGUACGAAAAGGCAGACGUUUUGCGAAUCGUGCGUGCACUCGCCAUCUAUCGACCUUCCCUUAUUGCACUGCAGAUGCCACUCAGUGAAGAAGACGAGAUCUUUGUCGAGCGUGCAUUUCAGCGUACCAUACUUGAAUUUGAAAAGCUAAUCUCUUUUUCUGGCACGCCAACCGUCGUGUGGCGCCGCACGUGUGAGAUAGCCCUCGUGGGAGCUGAGUUCUGUAUGCUGACGCAGUGGAGCAAGGAGGACUUGCUUGGCAAGUAUAUCUAUCAGUUCAUGGACAAAGAGUCUGUCUUGAAUUAUUGGGAAAUGUUCGCGAGUCAUGCAUUUGAAAAUACAACUCAAUCAGUGAUGACAAAAUGCGUGCUUCUCUCUCCAUCGAACAAGUCGAUUCCUUGUACAUGGUGCUUUACUAUCAAGCGAGAUCCUUUUGAUUUACCUGGGUUUGUUGUGGGAAAUGUACGUUAUUGCCAGUGGCAAAUGACUCGACGGUGCUAA